AUGGCUGAGAUUCAAUCAUCAAAUACAAAGCCCGUUGGUACCGCGCCUACCACGGAUUCCGCCAACCAACGGCAAUCCCAGCAGCGAGGACCAUCAUUACAUCAGAUCUACGCCCUUCCGGCCCCGAUCCGUACAUUCCCUCUGCCGGCCUUUUACCCAAGCAACCCCAUAUCUCUCUUUCAUGUUGCGUAUGCGUGGUUAGGCCAGCUGUGGUCUCCGCCCAAGGCGGAACCCUCAGCUGUGCACAUUGGAACAUGGUCCGCCGCUACAUCAUCCGUUCACAUUACGGAUGAUGUCUCUACCCGAGCCUUGUGGGAGCAAGGCUUCUAUGGCAAGGGUAGUCUAAGUCGUAGUGAGCCAAAUUGGCUCAAGCGUGAGCAGGUCCGACAAGGACUUGCUGAUGCACAUGUCAGCGAAAUCAUGACUGUGCAAAGACGCCAAGAGCGUAUGCGCGCCAAGUGGGAGCGAGCACGUCUUGAACAGGAGGUAAUUAGAGAGACCAGACUGAAGGAGGCCGAAGAAGCGAAAGCGAGAGAAACCAAGGCGCUAAAGGCCGAGGAAAUAAAAUUGCGAUCUCAAGAGUCGAAAGACAUCGCAACGCCCGAGUCUGACAAGCCAAUCUCACUAUCCGCCGCUCUUCCAACCUACGAGUCACCUGUCAGCCCUGCUGCCCUUCUGUCUCUGCCAAACUCCUUGGCAGACCUGGUACAGCCCAAGAUCAUUCAGCCUGUCACACCUGUUGUUUCUGUGCCCACAUAUGCCUCUCCGGUGUGCCCUCAGACCAUUCUAUCUCUGCCAAACUCGGCGACAGAUAUUGUCAACAAGCCUGUUGGCGAAAAUGCUGCGGAAGAGUUCAAUAUCUUUGGGAUUUCUGGGUCUAAUAUGGCUGGACUUGGUUUGUCCGUGGAUACUGCGCGUUCUAACUCAGUCAACGAAGUUGUCGCCAAUGGCGCCGCUUCUGUGAUAAGCUCAUCGUCUGAUGACGAAGGCAUUACGAGGCCGAAGAACCGUCGCAAGAGUGUUCGGUUCUCUCCUACUGUGGAGUCUACCACGUUUCACUUCGCAGACCCUCCAAGCCCCAAGCGUGCAGAGUCUAAUGGCAAGCUGAAUGGGCUGAGUGAUGGCCGCCCUAUCUCGCCUGUGGCUUUGAAUGGACGAAAAGAAGAUGGCAAAACGGAGAUUGUGAACAAGCCUGUUCUGAAGAACAUGGAACACCUUCAGCUUAUGCCCGAGGAGGCGUUCUUCCUGAGCUUUGGCCUGGGAGCCUUACAAGUCACUGACCCUGCUUCUGGUUCUCAGUUGUCAUCGUUGGAUUUGUUGAGACUCUUCCGGCAGCAUUCAUACUUCCCCCCUCGUGUUGAGGCUGAAGACCCUGCCCUUCAGCCUGACGACAACUUUCUGAUUCACUACGCUGUGUACCACCACUUCAGAUCCCUUGGCUUUGUUCCUCGUGGUGGUAUCAAGUUUGGUGUUGACUGGCUGUUGUACACCCGAGGACCUGUCUUUGAUCAUGCCGAGUUUGGAUUGAUUGUCAUUCCAUCUUACUCCGAUGCUCUUUGGAAGGAGAGUGGAAAGCAGAACCCACAAAAGACUUGGCAAUGGCUUCACGGGACUGUGCGCGUCCUUUCACAUGUCACCAAGAGUCUGGUGCUGGUUUAUGUGGAUGUGCCCCCUCCAUCGAAAUUCGAGCAGGCUCUUGAGAAGGGUGUCGCCGAGGCCUUGAAGCUAUACAAGGUCAGAGAGGUGAUGGUCAAGCGAUGGUCGACUAACCGCAACAGAGGAUGA